AUGGAAGAGGUGAUAAAGGAUAAUUUCAAGAAGGUUUUUGUCCCGUCUUGGUUCACCGUUGAUCUCAAAAGUGGCAUGCUGCAAAUAACUCUCGAUGAAUCGGAUUUCUUCUCUGCGUGGGUAUCUGCUAAAGACGCUGGCUUUCCGGAAAGACAAACCGAUACAAAAAGUUUGUUUUCGGGUCAAUAUAACUGUUGUUAUCACUUCAAAAGAGUAAUUUUUCUUCGAAGAGAUUGA